GACCGCGCCAUUCUAAGGCGCACGAAAAGAACAUUCGUUCGCCUCAUCACAAUCACCCUGGACGCACGCAUUAUAUACAGGGUUCUCGAUCGAUCGAGCCCAGACAACAACAGCUAGCCUUGAUCGUUCGUUCGUCAAUCACCAGCAAACCCACACCAACAAUUAAACUUCGACCGAGAGCUCUGUGGCGCGCGCGAUGGCACGGGCGCAGCAGUUUUUGGCGUGCCUGGCGCUGGCCAUGUCGGUGUGCGUGCCCGCCGCGUCGGCGUUCGUGUUCAAGGCCGGGGGCACGGGCGAGUGGCGCGUGCCGGGCAACGGCAACGCCGCCUCCUACAACACGUGGGCCGAGCACACCCGCUUCCGCGUCGGCGACGCAAUAGCCUUCACGUACCAGCCCGGCAGCGACUCGGUGCUCAUCGUCGACAAGAAGGCGUACGACGGCUGCGACACGGGCUCGCCGGUGGACACCUUCUCCGACGGCAGCACCGUCUUCACCUUCACCACCUCCGGCCCCUUCUACUUCAUCAGCGGCAACAAGGACAACUGCAACCGCGGCGAGAAGCUGAUCGUCGUCGUCAUGGGCCCCCGCGCCGCCACCAACAGCACCUCCACGCACGCGGGGGCGCUGGCCCCCUCGCCGGCUGCCGACAACGGCGGCCAGUUCUCGCCACCGUCCCCGCCGUCUCCCUUCGGCAUCAACAUCUCGCCCACGGGGAACCCCGACCAGCAGAACGCCGCGGCCACCAAGGUGGCGGGCAUUGCCGGCACGGCCGCGCUCAUCAUCGGGACCAUGCUCUACUCGCUUGUUUGAAUAAUCACGGCUCUGUUUUUACUGCCAAAAUUAUCUAUCAUUUGUUUGAUUAAGCUUGUUCUUAAUUCUAUGUCGCAUCAACAUUUCAUGUAAACAGUGUGGGUGAACCAUUACAAUUGAUCAAUAAGAUGUAAAAUGCUGGUGCUGUUUUUUUACCA